UCUGGGCUGCGGGUCUGGGCGAGCGGCAGCCCCCUGUGCUGGGCUUGAGAAACUUGGUUUUCACGUGGUGGUGAAGGAGCUUGUGCUGGGGCCUCUGCAGCGGGAGCACACGGGAGAUGUGGGUGUAGCAGCAAGGGAUGCGAGCGAGGACUCGUGUGGUGACACCUGGAGCAGGGGUGGACGGUGGUGAACACACGGCGGGUUCCUCACUGAACCCGCGAAACGGGAAAGGAAACUGUAGUGAAGUGAGAUGCACGUUCAUAGGCACAGGAUGGACCUCGUCGGUGUCCUGGAACAAAAGCCUGAUUUCCAGGUGUUCACAUGCAGAACGCACCAAAGCACAGAUUCCUAAGCAUUUGCUGCUUGUACGUGUGUUAUAAAAAGUAUUUUAGAGCUCUGCCCUCCUGCACGUUUCUGUAUCUGAAGUUCCUGGUGGUGUGGGCCCUGGUGCUGCUGGCAGAUUUUGUCCUGGAGUUCCGAUUUGAGUACUUGUGGCCAUUCUGGCUCUUCAUCAGGAGCGUUUACGAUUCCUUCAGAUACCAGGGUUUGGCCUUUUCAGUGUUUUUUGUUUGUGUAGCAUUCACAUCCAAUAUCAUAUGUCUGCUCUUCAUCCCAAUCCAAUGGCUGUUUUUUGCUGCCAGCACCUAUGUCUGGGUACAGUACGUCUGGCACACAGAGAGGGGCGUCUGCUUACCAACAGUAUCACUGUGGAUACUUUUCGUUUAUAUUGAAGCAGCCAUUAGAUUUAAAGAUCUAAAAAACUUCCAUGUAGACCUUUGUCGUCCAUUUGCAGCACACUGUAUUGGCUACCCUGUUGUGACUUUGGGCUUUGGCUUUAAAAGUUACGUCAGCUACAAGAUGCGUUUAAGAAAACAGAAAGAAGUGCAGAAGGAAAAUGAAUUCUACAUGCAGCUUCUCCAGCAAGCGCUGCCCCCAGAACAGCAGAUGCUACAGCGGCAAGAGAGGGAGGCAGAGGAAGCAGCCAAAGGAUUAUCGGAUAUGGAUUCCUCAAUACUUCUGCAGCACAAUGGAGGCAUUCCAGCCAACAAAAAAAUAUCCGCGACGUUGCCGGAGCUAGAAUAUAGAGAAAAAGGGAAAGAAAAGGACAAGGAUGCUAAGAAACACAACCUUGGAAUAAACAACAACAUUUUACAACCCGUAGACUCUAAAAUACAAGAAAUUGAAUAUAUGGAAAACCAUAUCAAUAGUAAAAGAUUAAAUAAUGAUCUUGUAGGAAGUACAGAAAACCUCUUAAAAGAGGACUCAUGCACUGCCUCGGCCAAAAACUACAAAAACGUCAGUGGGGUUGUGAACUCGUCGCCUCGCAGUCACAGUGCGACUAACGGGAGCAUCCCUUCCUCAUCCGCUAAAAACGAGAAGAAACAGAAGUGUGCGAGCAAGAGCCCAAGCACGCAUAAGGACUUAAUGGAAAACUGUAUUCCUAAUAACCAGCUGAGCAAACCAGAUGCACUGGUAAGGUUGGAACAAGACAUUAAAAAGUUAAAGGCCGACCUGCAAGCGAGCAGGCAGAUCGAACAGGAGCUGCGGAGUCAGAUCAGCUCGCUGACUAACACAGAGCGGGGAAUUCGAUCCGAGAUCGGGCAGCUCCGCCAAGAAAACGAACUGCUUCAGAACAAAUUACACAACGCUGUACAAAUGAAGCAAAAAGACAAACAAAUGAUCAGCCAGUUGGAGAAGAAGCUAAAGGCAGAGCAGGAGGCACGAGCCUUUGUAGAAAAGCAAUUAAUGGAAGAAAAGAAAAGGAAGAAGUUGGAAGAAGCAACUGCCGCACGUGCUGUGGCUUUCGCUGCUGCUACAAGGGGAGAAUGUACCGAAACUUUACGAAAUCGUAUCCGAGAGCUGGAGACAGAGUGCAAGAAGCUAACAAUUGACAUCAAGCUGAAAGAAGAUCAGAUACGAGAACUAGAAAUGAAAGUUCAGGAGCUGCGGAAGUACAAGGAGAACGAGAAGGAUACGGAGGUGUUGAUGUCAGCACUGUCAGCCAUGCAGGAUAAAACCCAGCACUUAGAGAACAGCCUGAGCGCAGAGACCAGGAUCAAGCUGGAUCUGUUCUCUGCCUUGGGAGAUGCAAAACGGCAGCUUGAGAUUGCCCAAGGGCAAAUCAUUCAGAAAGAUCAGGAAAUCAAGGACCUAAAACAGAAGAUUGCAGAAGUCAUGGCAGUCAUGCCCAGCAUCACAUACACUGCGGCCACCAGCACUCUGAGUCCCGUUUCCCCACAUUACUCUUCCAAAUUUGUGGAGACCAGCCCUUCCGGACUCGAUCCCAACGCCUCCGUUUAUCAGCCCUUGAAGAAAUGAAUGCCAAGGUUCUUUUCUCUGUUUGCCCAGUAAUGUCGUCCUGCCGAAGGCGCCGCACCAGAGUGUCUCUUGCAGUCGAGAUGAAGUUGUAUCGUGUGAGACCGUCCUCGUUGUCAUUUAAAACAGGAUCAAAAAAGAACAUCUGGAUUGACUAGAACUGCCCAUCGGUUUUUCUUGUAAAUUUUUAGAGAAAACCUCACAGAACUUUGCGAUUUAUUUUCCUUGGCCAACGCAUUCAAAACAAUUCUUGGUUUUCAAGUAGCCAAUUUUGCCUUUUUAUGUACUCUUGCAUGGUUUCCUCUUGAAAAACACAGGGCUUUGCUUGAUUUUGAACCCUUUCUUUCCUUUGUUUUCUUAUUUUAAUAAUCAAGUUGAAUUUACAGAUUUCUUGAGAAAUGGUGAGGAAAAACACCACCUAGAGUUUUUACAGUGAAAGGGUUAAAUAAUCCAACAAAGCUUUGAUUCAUAGAUGUAUUCAAUACAAAUAUGUGAUGUCGCAGGAAAUAAUUUGAUCACCCCUCAAAGGACCAAACAAAUUUCAGGGGCGUCGUUUAAGGGACAAAAUAAGCGAAUAGCUGAUGAUGUGACGGUGGUUGUUGUGUGAAAUAUUUAUAUUCCCAUUGGUGUUUUAGUCCUUGAGAAUUGCUGACAGUCUCGUUCACAGUGCCUUGGGAAAAGACAAUUUCAAGAGGAAACUUGAUAGUUUAAACUAUUUUUUCCCCCUUCACUGUCAUCUAGCUUCUAUAUCAAGCUCAUUACAGAGUCUACUGCAAAUUGUACAUGGUAAUUUGGAUGUUCAUUAUAAACCAGGGUUACAUCUUCUGUUUAUUUCGAUAGAAACUCCGCAGUGUUCUGUAACUUGCCUUGAUUAUACUGCAUCGUGGAAGGCACAAUAUUCCCGCAGGAAGCGUUAUUGUGAAGGCGGAACUGUGCAAUGUACUGUAUACAAGAGACUGUAAAGCUGGCUAAUAAAAGCUGCAGUUCUGGGUUGUUUUUCUUUUA